GAGGCGCCUGGGAACCGGAGCUGGAAACCUGGGAGAGGUCCAGUCAGAGCCCAAGAGCCGGAGCUACCUCUUAACCUGUCAGCCAUGGGGGAGAUGGAGCAGCUGCGGCAGGAAGCAGAACAGCUCAAGAAGCAGAUUGCAGAUGCCAGGAAAGCCUGUGCUGACAUUACUCUGACAGAGCUUGUGUCUGGCCUAGAAGUCGUGGGACGAGUCCAGAUGCGGACGAGGCGGACUUUAAGGGGACACCUGGCCAAGAUUUAUGCCAUGCACUGGGCCACUGACUCUAAGUUGCUAGUAAGUGCCUCACAAGAUGGGAAGCUGAUCGUCUGGGAUACCUACACCACCAAUAAGGUACACGCCAUCCCUCUGCGCUCCUCUUGGGUCAUGACCUGUGCCUAUGCUCCAUCAGGGAACUUUGUGGCAUGUGGGGGGCUGGACAACAUGUGCUCCAUCUACAGCCUCAAAUCCCGUGAGGGCAAUGUCAAGGUCAGCCGGGAGCUCUCUGCUCACACAGGUUAUCUCUCCUGUUGCCGCUUUCUGGAUGACAACAACAUUGUGACCAGCUCAGGGGACACCACGUGUGCUCUGUGGGAUAUCGAGACCGGGCAGCAGAAGACUGUGUUUGUGGGACACACAGGGGACUGCAUGAGCCUGGCUGUGUCUCCUGACUUCAAACUCUUCAUUUCGGGGGCCUGUGAUGCCAGCGCCAAGCUCUGGGACGUGCGCGAGGGGACUUGCCGGCAGACGUUUACUGGUCAUGAGUCGGACAUCAACGCCAUCUGUUUCUUCCCCAGUGGAGAGGCCAUCUGCACAGGAUCUGAUGAUGCCUCCUGCCGCCUGUUUGACCUGAGGGCAGACCAGGAGCUGACUGCCUACUCCCACGAGAGCAUCAUCUGCGGCAUCACAUCCGUGGCCUUCUCCCUCAGUGGCCGCCUGCUCUUUGCAGGCUAUGAUGACUUCAACUGCAAUGUCUGGGACUCCAUGAAGGGCGAGCGUGUGGGCAUCCUCUCUGGCCAUGACAACAGGGUCAGCUGCCUGGGGGUCACAGCUGAUGGGAUGGCGGUGGCCACUGGUUCCUGGGACAGCUUCCUCAAAAUCUGGAACUGAGGAGGCUGGAGGAGGGGAGGUAAAAGGCCACGAAGACACUCAGCUGUCCCUUUCCUUGCCCAAUUUCUUUAUGUUUCCUUCAAGGCUUUCUCUUUUAUACCCCAGCUGCCAUUCCCACCAAGCUUUCUCCUUGAGGACAGUGGGGAAUGCAGGGAGUGUGCCUUUGGGAGGCAGCAUCAGGGAUGGGUAGAGAACUGCCCCAUCUCCUCCCAUGGCCUCCCCUCUCCUUGGUCCUGAGUUUCUCCCUCAAUGAGCAAGGACAAGGGUCCCCCUCCCCUGCCCCUGGCAGCCCAGCAGGCUUUCACUAUGAGGCUCCAGGCCCUAGGAUUCCUCCUCCAGAGCUACUACCUUUGUCUAGAACUGUGUGGCACAGGGUGCUUGGCCUGAGACUAUGGCUCUGGAACCACCUGGGUCCUGGCCCCCUUUCUCCUUCAUGCUUCCUCCUUUUUCUACCUUCUUUUUCUCUCUCCAAAGCAUCCACAAUAAAGUAUAGCCUGCUGGUA